AUGCCUUCAGCCACAGACAACCCUCCUAAACCGGAGUCACGAUUACUGCUGGUCUCAAAUCGUCUCCCCAUCACCAUCAAACGUUCCAACGAUGGAAAAUACGACUUCUCCAUGUCCUCGGGUGGAUUGGUCACAGGUCUCAGUGGAUUGGCGAAGAGCACAACCUUUCAAUGGUAUGGCUGGCCAGGUUUGGAGGUCCCACAAGAUGAGAUUGAUGAUGUGACCACCAAGCUCAAGGAUGAAUUCAAUGCUAUUCCGGUCUUCAUGGCCGAUGAACUGGCCGAUAGACAUUACAAUGGCUUCUCAAAUUCUAUCAUGUGGCCCUUGUUUCAUUACCACCCCGGCGAGAUUACUUUUGAUGAAUCUGCCUGGAAUGGCUACACCGAAGCCAAUCGUCUCUUCGCCCGCACCAUUGCCGACGAAGUCGAAGACGGUGAUCUUGUUUGGGUUCACGACUACCAUCUCAUGCUCUUACCUCAGAUGCUUCGUGAGGAAAUCGGUUCCACCAAGUCCAAUGUCAAGAUCGGCUUUUUCUUGCACACCCCCUUCCCGUCCAGCGAGAUUUACCGCAUCCUUCCGGUUCGAAAUGAAGUCCUCCUUGGUGUUCUUCAUUGCGAUCUUAUUGGCUUUCAUACCUAUGACUAUGCACGACACUUUCUCAGUAGUUGCUCUCGAAUUUUGAAUUUGACAACCACUCCAAAUGGAGUUGAGUUCGAGGGCAAAAUCGUCACCGUUGGAGCCUUUCCUAUUGGUAUUGAUCCGGAUAAAUUCACUGAAGGUCUCAAAAAGGAUAAAGUCCAAAAGAGAAUAGCCGUCCUCGAGGAGAAGUUCAAGGGUGUCAAAUUGAUGGUUGGAGUUGAUCGCCUGGACUAUAUCAAAGGUGUCCCUCAGAAGCUUCACGCCCUUGAGGUGUUUCUCACCGAUCAUCCCGAGUGGAUCGGCAAAGUGGUUCUGGUACAGGUCGCUGUACCGAGCAGACAAGAUGUUGAAGAAUAUCAAAAUCUUCGUGCUGUGGUGAAUGAAUUGGUUGGGCGAAUUAAUGGGAAAUUUGGCACCGUGGAAUUCAUGCCCAUCCAUUUCAUGCACAAAUCAGUCAAUUUCGACGAACUCAUCGCCCUUUAUGCGGUUUCGGAUGUUUGCCUCGUCUCUUCUACCCGGGAUGGCAUGAAUCUGGUUUCGUUCGAAUACAUUGCCACGCAGGAGCAUCGACAUGGUGUUCUGGUUCUUUCUGAAUUUGCUGGAGCCGCACAGAGCUUAAAUGGCAGUAUCUUGGUCAACCCGUGGAAUACGGAGGAAUUGGCUGGUGCUAUUCAAGAGGCUGUUACCAUGAGCCCUGAACAGCGUGCGAUCAAUUAUGCAAAGUUGCAUAAGUACGUUUCGAAGUAUACUAGCGCCUUCUGGGGACAGUCUUUUGUGGCGGAAUUGACCAGAAUAUCGGCCCAAGGGGAGAAGAAAUUGAAAUUACGACGAGCAUCGUUGGUGAAACCUCCUGCUCACCCUUCAGAGUCAAAAGAGGCAGAGCCAGAGUCAAAACAUAAAUCGACAACGGAGGUUGACGGCGUGGACUCAAAACAGGAUGGUGUGACUGAUGAUAAGCUUGCACAGGCCGAAGCCAAAUUUCAGACCCUUUAG